UCAAUCCCCUCUUUAUAGGCCCCACUUCCCCCACUCCUCAUAGCUGCCUUCCCUUCCUUUGCCAUUUCUCUCUGUCUCUCUCUCCACGUUACCCUCCUUUUCUCUCCGUUUCCCUCCCCUCGUUUUGCAUUUCCUUUGCAAUCACUUCAAUUCUCAGCCCCAAAGAAAAAUACCCCUACCGCGCUCUCUUUUUUUUCUUUUGUUCUCUUCUACAUGGAGAAGAAUGAAAGGGAAACUCACGACUUCAUGAACGUAGAAUCCUUCUCUCAGCUUCCCUUUAUCCGUCCUGCCCCUUUUAAAGAAAAGGGUAUUCGUUUAUUUGGCAAAGAAUUCGGUGGUGACUCAGCUACAGCUAGUAACGACUCAGAGUCAGCUGAGAACAACGAAGAUACGACCAAGGAGAACGAGCAUGGAGAUAGCAGCAGAAGAAGAUUUGAGUGUCACUAUUGUUGCAGAAACUUCCCCACAUCCCAAGCUUUAGGCGGUCACCAAAACGCUCACAAAAGGGAACGCCAACAUGAGAAACGAGCUCAUCUUCAGUUAGCAAUGGUGCACAACUCUUUAUCUGAUUCUCAUAUUUAUGGGCUUGUUAACUACAGGCUAGGCUCAGCUCCAACACCAGCUAUGACUUACCCUUCAUGGAACAAUAGCAUUAGCAGUAGUAGCAGUAGGUUUUAUGGGAACCACAUCUCUCUUUCUCGACCACCCAUCAAUGGUAGCCCACUGGGGUUAUGGAGAAUCCCUGCUACGGUUCAAAGUAACUCGUCUGUCAAUCGGGACCGUUCGUCUUCGCAUCCGUUGCCUUUGUUUGCUGGUGAUGAGUUGACGCCGUCGCAGGUUGUUGGAGGUGGUUCAAGUUCCCAGAGUCGGUACGUAUAUGAAUCAAAGCCAAGCUUGCAAGACCAUGUGAGUUUGGAUCUACAUCUGUAAUAAUUUGGUAAUAACUUUUGAUUUAAACAGAAAAAACAAAAUCUUUGCUCUGCAAAAUGAGGAAAUUAUAUAUUCCCAGCACACCAAAUCUUCACUUUUUGUUUUUUAACUUCUUGGAUUUUACCUUUUUUAGUAUAAUUGCAUAUGUAAAUGAAAUGAUUUUCAAGCUCAUCAUUAAUCUCA